AUGAUGACGUGCCGUCUGCUGUGCGCCCUUUUGAUGCUCGCCCUGUGCUGCUGCCCUUCGGCGCGAGCGACAGCAGGCAAGGUUAAAACUGAAGAAGAAGUUAACGUACAGGUUACUGUUUCAGAAGUGCCAAAUAAGGUCGGUGGGGAACAUAAUUCAGAUACCGAUGUUGAUGCAUUACAGACAGGAAAAGCAGCGUCCGGUGCAGGACAGAAUGAUAAUGGGACGCCUUCCAGUAACUCAGAACCACUAGUUCCGAUAAUUGAUACGAUGAAGUCAGAAAGUCCGAAGGAUGUUCAGGAGCAGGUAAUUGAUGGUGUCACUGAGACGGCAAAAGAAGGAAAAGAGAAACCCCUUAAUCCAGAAGUAACAGAUACAUCCGAUGCGCAGCAGUCAACAAGUUUGACUGCUGUAAGGAAUGUAUCAGAGAGCGAGACCACUGCCGCAAAUACGACGACCACUACAACCACUACAACGACCACCACCACUUCGCCAGAGGCACCAACUACAACCACCACUGCGCCGGAGGCACCAAGUGAUACGGCUAUGAAUGCAGAGGCGCCAACCACGACGACCACCCGCGCACCGUUACGUCUUCGCGAAGUCGACGGCAGCCUCCGCAGCUCUGCGUGGGUGUGUGCCUCGCUGCUGCUCGCCGUAUCCGCGCUGGCGUGUCCUACUGUGAAAUAA